AUGAAUAAGAUUGAGCAGCUGGACCGAUUAGAGCAGGUGUGCGGCAAUUCUGCCCCCGUCGAACUGAAAGUGAAGGAGUUCUUCCUUUCACAUGUCGAUCGAAUAAGGGACGCAGAGGUGUACUGCAUAGGAGUUGCCUUCGAGUCACCCGGCCUUCGAGCUCUCAAGGACACUUGGCUUCAAGGAGAACCUGAUGAGGGUACUCGGCGAAGCCAUGAUCCCUACCCAAACAGUGAUGGGCACGUGUCGUUGGCCUACAUCCAGGCAUCUGCCUGGCAACAGGCCAAGGACUUUGUAGAGGGAAACAGGACCACCCUGGAAGGACGCAGCUUCAUGGUGGAAUCCAUCACAUACGAGGAUGAGCGGCGGGAAAAGUCGCAGUUCCGCCUUGCUGGCGAGGUUGAUGGCUCCGUGCUGGAGGGUGGUGGGCAGAUCCUGCGCAAUUCGCUGGGAUAUGCGGUGCGGAUAUCGAAGAUCCGGGCUGGGCGCAAGACCCCUGGCUUAGCGGCCCAGCAUUUGGAGUCCUUCAAGCUGGUGCGCGACCUGACAUCUGCGUCUUUGCAGGGUGACAAGGUUGGUUCCUGUGAAGUGACCUUCGCGCCCAAAAAGAUGAAGCAGGGGAGCUUCUCCACUAACCCAAAGACGGCUGGUGCCAUCACCCUGACUGUGCAGGCUGGGCUGUUUCCGCUUGCCUUUGCUGGUGGAACCUCCGAGGUGGAAAUGCGAGGGGGAACAGACGUCGACUUCUCCCCGCCCUUCGACUUCAUGGUCAGAGCUCUGACACCUACGGUUGCAAAAAUGGGCGUCAAAGUCACGGCCCACUGUCAGCAUCGCGGUUUCUUUCCGACCGGAGGUGGCCUCGUGAAUCUGUACGUGGACGGCCUUGCAGGCGCUUUGAAGCCCAUCGUGAUAGACAAGCGCGGCCAUGUCACGAAGAUUGAGGCCAUCUGCUACGCAACGCCCCCCAGCGGCUGGCUGGAUGAGGAAGACGUCACUAGGACGGAGGAGGACUUCGAGCCAUGGCUGCUGGAGGAGUUGGCUGACAGCGGCGCUCCAAAGCCGAAGGUGCAGGUUCGCUGCGAAGCGGAGCAGAUGCCUGAAGGGCAGAAGGUGUUCAAAGCUGCAUGUGACAUCCUCGUGGAGAUGUCUGGAGGAGGUGUUUUUCACGCGUCGGGAGGUCCGCUGGACGGGCCAAAGGGCAGGGGCUCCUUGUACGACGUGUGGGGUGCUGCAGCUGAGAAAGCGUUAGUGCCGCUGAAAGCGCAGCUGAAGACUGGGGCAGCGCUGGAUGAACACCUUCUGGAUCAACUUAUUCUUCCGGCCAGCUUGGCAGCAGGCAGCUCUCGCCUGCUGGGCUCCAAGGAGUUGACCCUACAU